GACCGAUUAGGUUUUAUUGUAGGCAAAAGAAAACAACAUUGACAUUUAAGAAACAUUAGGUUCAAAGAACGGUGAAAUGAGUCGUGUUAAACCUUUCAAAAUGAUCCCUGGGCCGGCAUCUUUGCCUAUACUCGGGAAUCUAUGGCUGUAUAAAUUGGGUUAUGAAGACCCGAUAUUUUUUCAUCAGACAAUAGAUAAUCUGUACAAGCGAUAUGGUCCGCUUGUCAAACAGAAUUUGGGGAAUAAAACUAUAAUACAUGCUUUUUCCCCCGAAGAUGCUAAAACUAUUUAUAAAAGUGAGGGGAAAAUGCCUUACAUCAUGCCCUUGCAAGAUACAAUAUUGUUAUUUAGAAAAAAUGAAAAUUUGACAUUAGGCUUGGGAAACAGUAACGGUGAUGAGUGGUACAGGCUGAGAAAUUCUCUCAGACAUUUGUUACUGACUCCAAAAGGAAUUCAACAUUUUACCAAAGGCACUGAUUCAGUGACAAGUGAAUUUGUCCAUCAUCUCAAGCGUAAAAGGAAAGAAAAUGGAUGUAUACCAGAGCUAAAAACAGAAUUAGCGAAAUGGUCACUUGAAACUGCUGGUUUGAUGUGUUUUGGCUCUAGGAAAGGCUAUAUGAGUGAAGCGAAAAGGCAAAAAACUGAAAGUUUAUUAAAGGCGAAUAAGUCUGUCUUUUAUCUCUCGACAAUUUUAAAAUUCUCUUUGCCAUUUUAUGAAUACUGUUACUCUCCUGUGUGGAAUCAACUUCAAAAAUCAGAAACAGAAAUAUUGAAUGCGUCAGUUAACAAUACAAAAGAAGCCUUGCAAGAAAUAGAAGAAUUGAAGGAUGAUGUGGAUCUUUUGAACGAACGUUACAACCUGUUGUUGAAUUUAAUGCAAAAAGAAGAAAUUGCGGAAAAGGACAUAUACAUCCUAACCCAAUCUUUGUUCACUGAUAGCUUAACUACGACUGUACCCGCGUUGAUUUAUAACAUGUACUGUUUGGCGCUAAACCCAGAUAAACAAGAAAAGGCAUACAAGGAAAUAUCCAGGCUUAUAAAACCAGGCGAACCUAUAACAAAUGAAAUAAUAAAUGAACUAUCGUACAUAAAAGCUGUCAUAAAAGAGACUUUCAGAUUUUACCCGGUUGGUACUGAGAUUUCACGAAUUUUAAAAUCAGAUGUCAUUCUUUCAGGAUAUGAAGUACCAAAAGAGACGCAUGUGAAUAUCAACAUGAACAGUAAUUUUUUUAAAGAGGAAUAUUUCAAACAGCCGAAAUCAUUUCUGCCAGAAAGGUGGCUGCGCUCGAAUGAUUUCAGUUCUCAAACUGAUCCUUUUGUACUGACUCCUUUUGGUCACGGAGCAAGAACCUGCCUGGGAAGAAGAUUUGCGGAACAAAACCUCUACAUCGCUUUAGCGCAUUUACUAUCAAACUUCAAAUUUUACUUGGAACCAUCAGAUUCAUCGAUGAUCCAAAUUUUCAAUAUCUUAUUGUUUCCAUCAAAAUAUCUAAAUAUCCGUUUUCAGUUAAGGUGAAAUAAAGAUUAAUGCAAUAAAGCACUAGUUAAAUAAAAUCAAUUUUUAAUUUUAUAAAAAUUACAAUAAUAAAAUUGUUUUUUAUUAUCUUUUAAAAUGUGUAUAUGAAUCUCAAAAUAAGGGUAAU